GCAGCGGUGCGAGGCUGCGCGGCCCUAAGGCUCGGUGGCUCGGGGUCACGGCCCUGCGGUCCAUUGCCCUGAUCUCGGUGCGGGGUCCCUGCUGUGGGGCCCACGAGCCCCACUUGUGUCUUUCUGUCUCGAGGGUGCUGCUCUAGUACGCACACCUGGUCUCCCUGGACGCUCUUCCAGCCCACCCUCCCCACCCACUUCGGCUUUUGGACCUGUGGAGGCAAAUUAGUUCUGACACUCCCAGAACUCUCUGGCUUCGCCUUUUCAGACUCUGCCUCCCGGCUCCACAACCCACGGAAACCCCCUCUCCCAGGCUCUUUGGUGGCUUGCUUUCCCCAUUGUCCUUUAGACCUCACCUUUCUGUCCCUUAGCACCUCUGCUGUCUCUGGAAGCUGUCUUGAUGGAAUGCAUAAGUGUCAGAGUGUGGGAUCCGAUCCCAGGGCUCUUUCCUUCUCGAAGCCUGCUUAGUAGAGGUUGGACCGGGUGGAUACACUCCAUGAUGGACAUGAACCCCAAAGAUGGUGGAGGCGCCAUCUGGAUGCCACACUGGGCGUCCAUCACAUCAUUGUACUAUCCAGCUCCUAUCAUCCAUAGAGGAGGAGACCCAAUGGCUGCUGUCUGUGCCUAGGCUCUGGGACCCAGGGCUUUGUGGUGUGUGGGUUAUAACUCACAUGGCUGCAGCCAGUGUGACUCCCCCUGGCUCCCUAGACCUGCUGCAGCCUGGCUUCUCCAAGACGCUCCUGGGGACCAAGUUAGAAGCCAAGUACCUGUGUUCAGCGUGCAGAAACAUCCUGCGGAGGCCUUUCCAGGCCCAGUGUGGUCACCGCUACUGCUCCUUCUGCUUGAACAGCAUCCUCAGCUCUGGGCCUCAGAAUUGCGCUGCCUGUGUUCAUGAAGGCCUAUAUGAAGAAGGCAUUUCUAUUUUAGAGAGUAGUUCGGCCUUUCCAGAUAAUGCUGCCCGCAGGGAGGUGGAGAGCCUGCCAGCUGUCUGUCCCAACGAUGGAUGCACCUGGAAGGGAACCUUGAAAGAAUACGAGAGUUGCCACGAAGGACUUUGCCCGUUCCUGCUCACCGAGUGUCCUGCAUGUAAAGGCCUGGUCCGCCUCGGCGAGAAGGAGCACCACACUGAGCAGGAAUGCCCUAAGAGGAGCCUGAGCUGCCAGCACUGCAAGGCACCCUGUAGCCAUGCAGACCUGGAGGUACACUACGAGGUCUGCCCUAAGUUCCCCUUAACCUGUGAUGGCUGUGGCAAGAAGAAAAUCUCUCGGGAGAAGUUUCAGGACCAUGUUAGAUCAUGCAGCAAGUGUCGGGUUCCGUGCAGAUUCCAUACCAUCGGCUGUUCUGAGAUGGUGGAGAAUGAGGAGCUUCAGGACCAUGAGGUACAGAAGCUGCGGGAACACCUGGCCCUGCUGCUGAGCUCCUUCCUGGAGUCCCCAGCCUCACAGGGAAGCCAGAGCCAGGCGGGGCCAGAGCUGCUGCAGCGGUGCCAGAGUUUGGAGCAGAAGACAGCCACCUUCGAGAACAUUGUCUGCGUCCUGAACCGGGAAGUAGAGAGGGUGGCAGUGACUGCAGAGGCUUGCAGCCGGCAGCACCGGCUAGACCAGGACAAGAUCGAGGCCCUGAGUAACAAGGUGCAGCAACUAGAGAGGAGCAUUGGCCUCAAGGACCUAGCCAUGGCUGACCUGGAGCAGAAAGUCUCAGAGUUGGAGGCAUCCACUUAUGAUGGAGUCUUCAUCUGGAAGAUCUCAGACUUCGCCAGAAAGCGCCAAGAAGCUGUAGCUGGCCGAACCCCCGCUAUCUUCUCCCCAGCCUUCUACACAAGCAGAUAUGGCUACAAGAUGUGUCUACGAGUCUACUUGAAUGGCGACGGUACUGGGCGGGGAACUCACCUGUCCCUCUUCUUCGUGGUGAUGAAAGGCCCCAAUGAUGCCCUCUUGCGGUGGCCUUUUAAUCAGAAGGUAACGUUGAUGUUGCUGGACCAGAACAACCGGGAGCAUGUAAUCGACGCAUUCAGGCCUGAUGUGACCUCAUCCUCCUUCCAGAGGCCUGUCAGUGACAUGAAUAUCGCCAGUGGCUGCCCCCUCUUCUGCCCUGUGUCCAAGAUGGAGGCCAAGAAUUCCUAUGUGCGGGACGAUGCUAUCUUCAUCAAAGCUAUUGUGGACCUAACAGGACUCUAGCCACCCUGCUAGGAGUAGCAGCUCAGUGAGGAGCUGCCACACUGGGCCAGGGCCCUGCCACUCAAGAGUGGGCAGGAUUGGUGGAGUGCUGGGAAGAGCCUCAGCCAGGCACCAUCACAGGGAAAGGCAGGAAGGAGCCUCCCGUUGGCCCUCAGCUGGUAGACUGAGUGGAGGGACCAUCCAGCUGGGGUCUUCUCGGCUCUCCAGGAGAGAUGCUCUUGCUGUCUUUGGGGAGGGAGAGGCCCUUGGGUGGGUACUCAGAAAGACCUCUCGCUCUCGAGAGAGCUUCAGGGCUACACCAGCAGAUGAGUAUGGAGGGUGACCUACCUGCUCUGGCCUGUGGAAGGGAGGUAGGAGCUGCACGGGAGAAAGACAUCCACCCGCAGAGCAUAGCCCAGGGGAAGCGCUCUCAGACAUAGCGCACGGGAGAAGAGCCUGCCUGGGCUGCACGGUCCUACGGUGGCCUGUAUUGGGGAGAAGCGAUUAAACUCUUGAGAUGUC